UAAAAAUGGAAUCAAAAGAGCCUCUCAAAGAGGAUAGAUAUCACUCUCAAGCGGAAGAAUUUAGCAACUUAAGCUCUAGCAAUGGCUUAGUAUCAGAAAUAAACACUUCCUCACUAGAGGAGGAACUCUCAGAAUGUUUCAUGUCCUCUAGAUAUCUCUAUGACAGAUUAAAGAGGUUAUAGAUGAUGAUAUCUACUUAAAAUCAAAGAAUGGAGCCCUUCAACCUCAUCAGAAGAAGCUUCUAAAAGAGUUUAAGGGCAACUUCAAAAAGAUUUUUGGUCGAAGUAAGAAGAUGAAAGAUACCAACAUUGCUCAGGAUUACCAAACGCUUGAAGAAGAAGCUAAGUCGUGAGUUGAAAAGUUCCAGAACAAUGAGUUCUUUUACCAGCUCCAAGAUAGUCACAAUCAGAGAAUAAUAGAUUCAGAUACACAAGAGCAGACUCCAGUGGAAGCCAACCCAUUGAAUUUAAAGCCUCUGAUCCAAGAGAAAGAUACACUUAUAGACAAGAACAGGAGGAUAUAAUGGAAUUGAAGCAGGAUACUAAUGGGCCAGCCAAUCAAAGAUCUAAGCUUACGGAUAUUAAGUAUGAUGAAAACAUGAAGGUUUAGCCUCUCAGCUUCAAAAUAAAGAGGAGAAUGAAAUGGAUAUGAUUAGUAAAGAUGGCUUACAGGAUCCAAGACAUGAAAGUUUGAUGAAACCCUUUAAGUAUACUCAUCGUGCUCAAAAUUUUAGUAACUUCUGAUGAAGGAUAGGUCCACUCUAAAUGAAUAUUUACUUCAUGGACUACUUCACAGGAAACAAAUUCAUCAAGCAAUUCACUUACUUUGCCUCUUUUUUCAGAUAUUUUCGCCUACUGCUUCAGGCAAAUUUAGAUCAAUUUUUAAAAAUUCUGACUAAGUGAAUUCUUCAUAUUUGAGGAAGAUAGUAAAAUUUUCCUCGAGAAAUUUUUGGUUAAAUAAGCUUCUCUUUUUCUGAAUAAAUUGCCAAUAAGAAAAUAUAAUCGUGAAGCUCUAGGUAAUUUUUAUUAAUCUCAUAUAUAUUCAGAAUCAUUUAAGUUUUUGGUGAAAUAUGGCUAUUCAUUUCGUUAAUUGGCAUUCCUAGCUUUCUUACUGAACGAGUUAUUAUUUGAGUUUGGAUCAAACCAUCACUAAAUGUUUUACUAAAAAUAGUGUUCUCCUUCCUUUACUUCUUAUCUUUAAUCUUAUUGGUCAAUGUUUUGUAAUUGAUUGUGUACAUUCUUGUGAAAACUCUAAUAAAAUUAUUCAUAAAUAACAUUAACCUCAAAAUUAGACUCAAUGCUGUCAGCUCUUAGAUAUGAUACUGUUGGAUCAUUCUUUGGCUAAUUGGUCAUCAUAUUUUCUGGAUUUAUCUCUAUAUAAAAUAGCAUAUAAUUUUGUAUAGAUAAUGGAAAGAAAAUUCAAUUGAGCCAAGGACAUCAAGAAGGUUCCCAGACAUUUUUGGGGCAAGAAAAGUCUAGUUCAUCCUCAUAUAAUGAAAAUUUAAUUCAUUCAUCCAAUAUGUCAUCUGAAUCUAUAAAAAC